GUCAUAAGCGAAAUCACGAUGCACGUUGUUGGGAACAGAACCUUGCUGUGGAAAUGACUGUGGGGUCCUAGUUUCUCAGUGUGGCCAUAGAAGCGAACGCUUCCUUAGUUUUACUUUAAAACGUGUAGGAGUUGCAGCUAGGACUUCUCUCAAACUCAUCGAGUGCUGAGGAGACUCGAUGUGGGCCUCAGCUCCUAGGCUGAAAUCAGCAGACUGGCUCAUGAAAACUUGUGUACUGAGACAAAGAAAAGGAUCUAGCAGAAAGCAACGUCUCUUAUCCCGGGCUUGGCAGCAAGGAAGAGGACAAGUAGUGGAAAUCCUGCAAUCUGAAAAGCAGACUGAAAGGUGACAAAAGAAGCUGAAGAUGGGUGGCGGAGAGAGGUAUAACAUUCCAGACCCUCAAUCUAGAAAUGCUAGUAAGAACCAACAACAGCACAAUAGACAGAAGAGCAAGGAUCACAAUUCCCAAAUGAAGAUUGCUCAGAAGAAAAAGGAAAGAGGACAUGGGUAUGAUCCAGCAGCAGCAGCAGCAGCAUGGCAGGCCAUGCAAAAUGGGGGAAAAAACAAGAGCCUUUCUAACAACUCCACCUGGAAUGCUAGCUUAUCAAGUCCUAGCUUGCUUUUUAAGUCUCAAGCUAAUCAGAACUAUGCUGGAGCCAAAUUUAGUGAACCGCCAUCACCAAGUGUUCUCCCCAAGCCACCGAGCCACUGGGUUCAUGUUUCCUUGAACCCUUCAGAACAGGAAACGAUGACAUUUCAACUUAAAACCUUACUUAAAGUACAGGUAUAAGUACUAACUUUCAAUUUUGUGAUGUUUACACAUGACGUUUUGUGGGAAAACUGGUAAUUUGCAAGUAUAAACAGACAUUUAUGUGCUGUAAACACUAUACAGUGUCAAUGCAAUUUAAACAAUUUAAGUGACUAAUUCUACUUGGUAGUGUUGCUAACUAAAUUCAAGUUUAGAUUUGAGGAACAGUAACCUUAACUUCUUUAUUGUUUGAUGGGAAAAUUAAGAUUUAAUGGGUUAAUACAUAAAUUUCUGAAGAAAACAGACAGUAAGCAUUUAGCAUGCACAAGGUGCAGAGUUCAGUUUCGUGGUCACCCCAAACUAUCUGAGGUAAUUUUUCUUAAAUGCAGUGGAUAGGUACCCAGAGAUAUGCCAAAUCUAUUCUAAAAACAGAUAGUGCUGAAUAACUUUCUAAGAGCAUUCUUUUAUACAACAACAUCCCACAAAGCUGCUAAAGUGAUCUAGCCUCACACAUACAAAGCUUGCUUGAAGCAGGGAAUUGUUUGUGACAUUUAAAGCCAUGUAAAUACAUGUAAUAAGCUUGUAACAUAUGUAAUGUUUUCUUAGCCUUUACUCUACAAAAUAAGACUAUUUUUAGUGUGAGCAUGACGAAUGUAAGACCAUGAACCUUUUUUUUUUUUAAUCUUAUGGCCUAAUUUUGGUCUUCAGUUUUUAAAAGGUUGCCCUUGUGCUUAAGUGCCAGAGUGAAUCAAUGUAACUGAUAUGCUUGUGAACUAUACAAAGUAAAUUGUUAUAUUAGUUUUUUAUAAGUGAAAAAAUUUAAGCUACAUUUCCUGUUUUUUUUAAAGAGAUAUAAAGAUUGUAGUACAAAACUUCCUCCCCAGCCUUGUUUACACCCAAAGACUCAUUUUGGCUUCAUUAAUCCUAAGUAACCCUCGAUUAUGUGCAACCCCUCAUUUAUGGCAAAAAAAGUCUGUGAUUAGACCAAAUCUUAAGUUCAAAUCAAAGCAUUGAGUAUCUAUCCUAAAGGACAAGUUCAUAAAAUUAUGAUCAGACUUUGAAAAAUAAAAUUCACAAAUAAACGUCUUCUCCCCGGUA